UCUCUUUAAUGGGGAGCCAGAGAAACGGGUUCAAGAAAGAAAGCUUCAUUUUGUCGGCGGACGUCGGUACCACGUCAAUCAGAUGUCACGUCUAUGACAAGGAGGCAAACGUGCGAGGAUCAUGCUCCACCAAGGUUGCUCCCUUGUAUCCCGAGGUGGGACAUGUGGAGUUGGACCCGGAGGCUUUGUGGAACGGCUUCGUCUGGGUGAUCAGAGGAGCGGUGCAGGAUGCAAGAGUGCACAUGACACAGAUACAGGCCCUGGGCAUCUCAACACAACGAGGCACCUUUACCACGUGGGACAGGAAAACUGGAGUUCCCUUCCACAACUUCAUCAGUUGGCAGGAUCAGCGUGCUGCAGACCUGGUGAAGUCCUGGAAUAGAUCCUAUACCUUGAAAGGAAUCCAUGGUAUGACGAAGAUGCUGUAUUUCCUGACUAGGCAGAAGCGCUUGCUUGCCGCAAGUCUUAUCGUCUUCUCUACUCAGCAUGUUACCUUCCGCCUUGUCUGGGCCUUAACACACUACAAGCAGGUUCGCCAAGCGGUAGCUGAAGGCAACUGCUGCUUUGGAACAAUAGACACCUGGCUGCUGUUUAAACUCACAAAAGGACAUGUCCACGCCACCGAUUACUCUAAUGCCAGCUCUACAGGGAUUUUUGACUCUUAUCAGAUGUGCUGGAGUGGCUUCCUCUGCUCUCUUGUUUCUCUGCCUCUUCCUAUUUUCCCCAAAGUAGAAAAUACAAACCACAACUUUGGCUUCACAGACCCGUCUCUCUUCGGUGUUCCUAUUCCCAUCAUGUCAGUGAUGGCAGACCAGCAGGCGGCAAUGUUUGGAGAGUGUUGCUUCGAAGUUGGUGAUGUAAAAAUCACCAUGGGAACGGGGACCUUCAUGGAUAUUAACACAGGGAACAAACCUCACACUUCUGUAGCAGGCCUGUACCCUCUGGUGGGCUGGAAGAUUGGCCAGGAGGUGGUGUACCUGGCAGAAGGCAAUGCAGCAGACACCGGCAAAGCCAUCACCUGGGCACAGGAGCUGGACCUCUUCUCUGAUGUGCAGGACACCAGCGCCAUAGCGUACAGUGUCAGUGACUCUGAUGGUGUGUGCUUUGUACCUUCCUUCAGCGGCCUACAGGCUCCUCUGAACGAUCCUAAAGCAUGUGCUUCCCUCAUGGGCCUUAAACCUUCCACAACCAAAAGCCAUCUAGUUCGUGCCAUAUUGGAGUCUAUUGCUUUCAGAAACAAGCAGCUGUAUGAGACCAUGCUAAGAGAAACCUGCAUCCCUAUCAGAAAGAUCAGGGUGGAUGGUGGUGUAUCUUCCAACGACUUUAUCAUGCAGCUGACCUCAGAUCUGUUUAGCAGAAAGAUAGCCCGACCCCAACAUCAUGAGAUGUCGUGUUUGGGGGCUGCUUUCGUAGCUGGACUGGGAGUAGGUUUCUGGAAGACCAGGGAUGAGUUGAAAAAGCUCCAAAACACAGAUAGAGUGUUUGUCCCCAAAGGUGCUAACAAGGAAGGUGCUGGCAGCCAGAGCCGGGAGUACGUCCACGCCCUCCAGAGCUGGGAGAGGGCCAUCCGGCGCUCCAUGAAUUGGUACAGCAAGUCUUGAUAGGUCCAGUACCAGUCUGCUGGAGGCCGACCACCUCCACAGCCUUGAUUUGCACACUAAUUAUGAUACCUGCACUUGAUUUCUUGACACCGUAGUGGCCUCAUCUGUCAUUUAUUCCAACUCUAAAGUCACUGGUGCCUCUUCAUCUAGUUAUUUUUUUUUUUCAGAUAGUUAGAUUUUUGACAUUUCCCCACCUGGGGGCGCUAAUCACCAGCUUUAAUUUAUGGACUUGUAGCAAUCAUCUGUAAGAAAUUAAAAUGAUUUACAUCACACUCGUACACAAUCCUCCUCAGGACUGAAGAAGGCUCCUGGGCCUUUGGGUCAUGAUACCGCAGUAUUCAAAAAGGUUCCAGAGCGGUUGUUACAAGCUCUGUCAACCAACAAAGUUCAAUGUUUACUGGUGCCUCUUCAGUGUAACAAGGUGUUUUCGCUCAGUGGUUGUCCAAAGACAAGUCCAAAAUUUUACCAUGUCCAAAUAUGUUGACUUUACCUCCAGACCACCUCUUAUAAUUUUAAACUCUAUGCACUUAUUGUAAAACUAAAUGCCAAUAGUAAACUUAAGAUAAUGUGACUGGAACAAAUCCAAUUGGUGCAUGUUUCUCUCUUAAGGGGAUUUCACUGGAUUAAAGUCAUUUAAAUUUCUCCUUCAGUUAAAUAAAUGCAGCAGACGUCUCCAAUGAGAGAGAAAACACUUUGCCAAAUCUUUAGAUUUUACAGAUAUUAAAACUGUUAUUAGCUGUUUUUUGUAGGGUUUUAACUGUGUGUCAACUAUGGAACAACUUGAUCACAUCAAAGAUUUUCGGUUAUUUAGAAACAAGUUGAUCAGGGACACAAACAAUAACUGCUGGCAGAUUUGCACAUGUUGGUUUUAAGUGUCGUACUUUGUCAGGUGCAGGCCUUUGUUCCAGUGCCGUAAGUCUAAUGUCAUAUGAUACAGUUUUGACCCAGGUUGUUUGACCUGAUGAACUCUGAUGACUGCAAUGACUGUUCUAAUUGUGGUUUUAUUAAACGUGCCUAUUAUGUAAUCUAAUUACUGAAAAUAACAUGCUGUGAAUCUGACUGUGUAAACGUUGGGCUUCCUUGUGUAUUGUUUGUCUUUCUCUUUGUGCCUGUUGGCCUGUAAUGUAAGGAAAAUUGUGUUUCAUGCUGCAAAUAACUUUUCAGGUGUCACAUGAAACUUCAUUCACUUGUUAAUGACUUGUGUCACUGCAAAAUAAAUGGUUUUGUAUUUAAUAAGGUA